UAUCAGGUAGGGAUUUCAUGGGCUUCACGAAACCGGCUUUUUUCAAACCGAACCUUGACCCGAGAAAUUUUCCACAGCCUAUUCCAAAAUCCGGUCCAACUUUUUUCUCGACUAGUAACAUUUCCAUUAUCAAAUAAGCUCAGUAGUCAAUCAAGUUUUACAUCUACCUAAAAUAAUUUUGGGUACUCGAAUUCAAGGUGUGUCUAUAUAUUUUUAUUUUUCUUAGGCCAUUUUUCCUCGAUCACAUUGUUGCACUUAGAAGAAUGAGAAAUCAACAAAAUGCAAAGAAAAUGGCUUUAGAUGUAAAUAAUUUAAGUGCUCUCCCAUUAAAAGAUAGAAUUCGUUCUGAUACUUUUCUUGGUUCGAAAAUGUCACUUCGAGCAACAGAUCGAACAGAUUCUGCAGGCGUUGGAGGAAUCUCAACAAAUGUUAACGAAAUUAGCCAUUUUUCCCCUUCUUUUGAUUUAUUUGCAAAUAUAAAUCCAAGAAUUUUACGUCGAAUAGUUAACAGUAUAGCUUUGACUGGAAGAUUACUUAGAGUUUUUGAAGUAGAAUUUAAUUGGUGGCAAGUAUAUGCUUGGGUCUCUUUAAUUGAACAGUGGCCGUGGAGAAUGUGUUGGUUAAUUGAUGUUGCUUGUAGUUUACAGGAUGAUUCUCUUCUCCUUUACGAACUUUACUGUCAAUUGAAAAGUAGAAUUUCUAUUCGAGAAGGGAUGGAAGAUUUGGAUAGAAAUAGCUCUGAAUUUGAAUCAUUAACUGUUGGACAUGCCAGAUCAUUUGCCCCAUGUACUUCAAAUUUAGAUCCUUAUAUGAGAAGAUUAAUAAGAGAACAGAGAGGAGGAGAGCCUUUAGUUGAUUUAGCAGAAGAAACAGAAGAACAAGAAAAGGGAGGUGGAGGGAGUAGUCAUGACCCUUUUGGACCUUUAAAAGAAUUGUUGGGGUCUGAAGCUGAAUUUCUUUUUGAUGAUCCGUUGGUGUGGGCAAGUAUUUCAAAACCUCUUGCGAGGAUGUCUGUUGGGGAAAUUGAUGCUUUAAUGAAAAGAUUAAAUAUUUCCAAAGAUAAGGUUCAGCAUGUUGGUGAAAAAUUAAUUAAACACAAUUUAAAUGGUUUGGCUUUAAAUUCUUGCAAUUUGGAGGAAUUAAGAAUUGUUUUGAAUCUUCCACUCGGUGAUUGGACUCUUUUUCAAUUAUUCAUAACUUGUAUGAGAAAAUGGAAACCAUUUAUUACUCAAUCAUUAACUGCUACCCUUGGAGGGAGUAAUUCUGCUACAACAACAACAACAGAAAAUACAGAAUGUAAAAGUCCAAGUGAAAGACCAACACCUUUAAGAAGUAUAAUUGAAGAAGAUGGUGCUCAAUCAACACCUUUAUCUAUAUUAGAAAGAGAGAAAUCACCAAAUGAAGGAGAAAGAGGAGGUGGAGAAGAGGAAGAAAAUGAUGAUGAUAAUGAUGAAGAUACAAAUAGUGUUGCUUCUGUAGCUGGUUCUGAACAUUGCCUUUUAAAAACAUCAAAUGCACCUCUUAUGGAAUGA